GGGGUGGAGAGUGGGCCAGUUUCCUUCUCACGCUGUUCUUUCUGAUGAUCUGUAGAUCCGAAUGCAAGCACAGAACAGCGCUAUUCAAGGCGGAAUGAUAGGCAACUUCAUUAACAUAUACCAGCAGGAAGGGACCAGAGGACUGUGGAAGGGUGUGUCUCUCACGGCUCAGCGGGCUGCCAUUGUUGUCGGUGUGGAGCUGCCAGUCUAUGACAUCACCAAGAAGCACCUGAUACUCUCGGGCCUGAUGGGAGACACUGUCUUUACACAUUUUCUCUCAAGCUUCACCUGUGGUCUGGUGGGGGCUUUGGCCUCAAACCCUGUCGAUGUUGUAAGAACCCGUAUGAUGAAUCAGAGAGUCCUUCCAGACGGCAGGUGCUCUGGCUACAAGGGUACCUUGGAUUGCCUAUUGCAGACAUGGAAGAAUGAAGGUUUUUUUGCUCUAUAUAAAGGUUUUUGGCCAAAUUGGUUGCGCCUUGGUCCUUGGAAUAUCAUUUUCUUUUUGACAUAUGAGCAGCUGAAGAAAUUGGACUUGUGACCAGUCCAUGCUACACAAGAUAUUCUUCUGAAGAGCCAACACCCGCAAUGGUAGAACCUCCUGUGCUUCUGGCUGCUUCUCACUGCACAGCUCAUCACAGCUUCUAGGAUGGGAGCGAUGGGUGAAGACUGGGUUCUUCAGAGUGUCAUGUUGGCGCUGGAUGCUUUUCAUCCGUGUUCAGAGAUUAAACUAUAGCAUGUACUCACUAGUCUUUGCCAUGGAAGUGCCCUUUUGACACCCAAGAUAAUGUGCAGAACACAUGUUUCUUGCUGUAGAAAACUUGCAGGGGAAUCAGAACCGCGUGCAGUUUUCCCCUGGGAGAGCAGCCUCGCUGCCUCUGGGCUUCCAGCUGUGAACAUCAGCAGCUCUGGGAAGGCUCCUGGAGUGAUGGCGGCCCAGGAGGCUGGUGUUAUUGUUCUGAGAAGGCUCCGGAGUGAUGGAGCCCCUCCCCCUUGGCUGGUAUUAUUCCCAAACUGUUGAGAGCUUUAGUUUCCUGUCAGCUGAAGAGAUUUUACAUUUGGACUUUUAAACUCUAGACCUCGACAGUGCAGGAAGUAGAUUUUUUUAGAACAUUGCACUGCUUUAUAGUUCCUGUUUGGGCACAAUCUUUCACUUACAGUAAGUGAAGUUAAGCCUUGGGAGACCUUUGUGAGGUAACAUUAGCAUUUGCCCUAUGAUUUUUAGCAGUUUAUUAUUUCCAUUUUGAUCAAAUGGGGAUAAUCAUGCUGAGUAAGUUGGUGUCAAAUGAAGGGGAAACAGGCUGCCACGUGCAAGGUGAGUGUGUUCACACUCACAGUGAACAGUCGGGGUACCUCCGUUAAAUAACGCUACAGGUGAAGUUCUGUAGUUGCUAAUGAACUGAAGAGAGGAUGCCUCCAGACUUCUAGCCUUUACUUUAGCUCAAGGUGGGUUUGUUUAAAAACCUUUAUCUGAGAUUUCCUAGUUAAUUUCCUUGAAAUUGAAAAAACAACAACAAAAAAAAAAAAACAAAAAACUUCCUUCCCCUUUGAUUUCUGUGAUGUUGGGGAGCAAACUCUUGUGCAUUCUGGGUGUCUGCCCCACACCGAGCCCCACCCACCCCAAAGUGAUCGCUUUAGCACCUCUGUUUAUCUCCUUUCUGAUAGGAGGCAUAUAAUGCCCUCUACCUAUUUUGUUUCUUCUGAGACCGAUCUAACCUCUUAUACUUUUCAAAGCAAAAGAUGUCUCUAGAGCCACGAGCUUUCUAGUUAUAGAAAGGAGCUCAAUCCCUCCAGGUGUACCCUGUGAAAGUAUCAGUGGUAACUGGGACUCUAAGCAGGGCGCAAUGCCGGGUACAUUCCUUAUCUGUCCCACAGGGCCUCUUCCUUGAGGCAGAAUCAUGCAGGUUUUCCUUUCCUUGAGGGUUGAGCACUUUUUUCUCUCACAAUUUUCACCUUGGCUUCUUUAUUAAUGUUUUCUUUGAAAACCGUUUGCAAAGCAGGGUGCGAUCUCUAAAAGUAAAAGCCAAGACAAGAUCAUCACAUGAGAACAGACGACUUAAAGAUGAAUAAAGUCCCUAGCAAGCCACUAGAUGGCAGUAGAGGACCCAAGCUGCUGCUGGCCCAUCUCCUCCACUGAGAUGUUUUUCUUCUGGCCUGAACAUUCCCUUAAGUGAUAAGACUCGACAGAGGCUUUCUCUUGAGUUGAAAGGAUUGUAUUUUUUUCAAGCCUUUUUUUGUUUGUUUGUUUUUUAAUUUUUUUGAUACAGGGUUUCUCUGUGUAACAGCCCUAGCUGUCCUGGAACUCUUUUAGAUGGGACUGGCCUCAAACUUACAGAGAUCCACCUGCCUCUGCUUCCUGAGUGCUGGAAUUAAAGGCGAGCAUCACCACCAACUGGCCAAGAAAAAAAAAAAAAAAAGAAAUACCACUUUAUUUUUUAAAGUAUGGAGGUAAUGUCUAAAGUAGAAACAGGUCCAUUUUGAAGAUCACGUGCAGAGCAGAUGUCAGACAGUAUUAUCAAUUUAUUAAAUUAUGUUUGUGUCUGUACCUGGAUGAAAAGAAAGCUAAACUUCACUGUAAAAAUUCAGCGUGUUUUAAGGCAAAAUUGCAGUGUUUUAAGACAAGGGUGGCGUGAACUUCCUAAGUGCCUUAUAGGACAGGCUCUUCACCUGCCUUUCCUCUCCCUGGAGUUAAUACAGUCGUUGAUGUUCCUAACCCAGAGACAACUUGAAGUGCUUGGUGGUAUGGAUGUGGCCGAAACACUUCCACUUGGCAUUUUGCUUAAGUAUUGUGAAAACUAUUUUGAGUUUUGUAACUAAGUUGAAGGAAAUUGUGUUGUUACUGAUGCUCUAUGUUGAUGACCUGAAUGUAAAAAAAAAUGGCUCCUGUUCUCUGUAUUUAUUCAUGUGCUAUAAAUAGUAUGUAUUAUGUAAAGAAUAUACAUUUUUCCACAAGCUUUUUUAUUUCAAGCUCUUUAUACAUGAUUGGACUGUGUGGCAUACACCUUGUUUCAUUAUUUAAUAAACAGAAAUAAUAUAUGAUGA